AUGGCAAAGGUUCAAGUUUUGUUCUAUGACAAUAAUGAAACAGACAACGACACUGACAACAAUACAGACAAUGUCUCAGACCAUGACAUAGAUGAUGACACAGAUGAUGUCACAGAGGUUGUCACAGACCAUGACAUAGACAAUGAAACAGACGAUGAAACAGACGAUGUCACAGAAGAUGACACAGACAAUGACACAGAUGAUGUAACAGACGAUGUCACAGAGGUUGUCACAGAUGAUGUAACAGAAGAUGACACAGACAAUGACACAGACGAUGUAACAGAUGAUGUCACUGACAAUGACACAGACGAUGUUACAGAUGAUGUCACUGACAAUGACACAGACGAUUUUACAGAUGAUGUCACUGACAAUGACAAAGACGUUGACAUAGAAGAUGCCACAGAUGGAGAUGCAGAUGAUACCACAGAUGAUGAUACAGAAGAUGACGCAGACAACACCUAG